AUGCGUUUUCAGCUCCGCUGUCAGUUGACCCAGCGGCGCCGGGACUUCGAGGAGAAGGCAUAUCCAAGGGCCUCGACUUUGGAGCCCAGCCGGCUUCCGAGGAAAGGCCGCCGCGGUGGAUGGAUGCAAAGCCCGCAGAGGGGGGUAGCCAAGUUGGAUGGCACGAAUUCUGCACAGCGUGCCUGGUGGGCCGAGCGGGCGGCCUCCAUUGAUGAUACCUUCGUAUCGAAGCUGCAGGAGGCAAGGUCGGAAACUGGCGACUUGCAGGACCUCUUGGACAAGCAUCUUUCAGAGAUGGACGCUCUAAAGGUGGCCAUGCCACGGGCAGAUGACUUUCGGCUGCCCCACAUCAAGCAACUCAUCAAGACCCCGAAGCCCAACCCUGUUCACGAGGCAACAGUGGCAUCCCCGCCUUUGCAAGCUCCCGACAGCCCUUCACCACCGAGUUUCCUCGCCGAGUCCCUUCUCGAGCGGCGUCAGAAGCGGCGGCGCGGCCGCUUCCUCGGCUCCGACCCCUCUUCCCCCUCUGGCCCCUCCAAGCCGUCGACCUCGGCCGCGCACGUCGAGUCUGAAUCUGACGAGGACAUGCUCGACUCCUCGGAGUCCGACGAGGAGCUCUCCGAAACCUUGCCCCGUGCGGGUGCUCGUGGGCGACUGUCGCGGCGGGCAUCGGAGGCGAAAGGGUUCAAAGCAUCCCAAGCCAAAGCCUCGAUGGAGCCCGAGCUCGUAGAGCCGGUGGAGCGGGUGGAGCCGAUGGAGCCAAUGGAGCCAAUGGAGCCAAUGGAGCCCGUGCGCGCCUGUGAGCUGGCAGAGCUCUGGAGCGGUUUGGGGGCAUCCUGGGUGGAGUACAAUCAGUGCCUGCUGCCCAGCGUCUUUCCGCAAAUCGAGGGAGAUGCAACUGGAGCCACUUUGGAGGCCUAUCACCACACGCGGCGCUCGGCAUCCUUGUUCGACGUCUCCUUCAAGGUUUGUUUCCGGAUGACGGGAGCGGACCGGGAGUUUGUCGCAGACCAGUUUCUGACUUGCAGUUUGCGAGCCAUGCGGGUCGGCGACGUGCAAUAUGCCUGCGUCCUCGACAGCAAAGGACUCGUCCUGGACGACGCCUUCGUCUUCAUCGAAGAAUCUGCCAUCAACAUCCUGGCUUCCGGCUGGCAUGCCAAGCAACUGCUGGAGUAUCUGGGCCAGUACCUAAUCUACGUGCGGCGCUCUGGUGCGGACGUGUCGUUUGCGACCCGCCCGGGUGCUGUCCUGGCACUACAGGGUCCCAGGUCUCAGGAGGCGCUGGCGCUGGCGCUCCGUGACUUGGAGCUCUCGGCACUCGGCGAGCAGGUCGCCUUGGCGCCGGAGAUACUGCAGGCCAUGCCCUACAUGAGUGCCCUGGCCCUGCGAUCAAGCUCGGACGGCAAGGGUGUUAAAACAAGCAAGUCUGGGGCAGAGGCAGUCGUGCUGCGGGUGGGCACAACGGGUGAAGACGGGUUUGAGCUCCUGGGCCCAUCGCCGCUGCUUCUGGAAGUGGCGACGGCCCUGCUGGCUACACCACUGGUCAGACCUGCUGGUGUCUUUUGCCUGGACAUUCUGCGUAUGGAGGCAGGCCUCCCUCGCGUCGGCGCCGACAUCAGCUCGGGACUCCACACGCCCGUCCGAGCCGCCUUGUCGUGGACACUGGAUCAGGCUAAGAUGAGGAGCCACUUGAUGUUCGGCUGGCAGAAGCUGUUCUUCCAGCUGGCGAAGGGCCCGACGUUUCGCCGUGUGGGCCUGCUGCUGGAUGGUCCUGGGCACGGUGGCUGCCGCCUGCUCUCGAACCCCCAUCGCCAGCCCAUAGGCUUGGUGACCUCGACGGCAUGGAGUCCACAUCUCCGGUGCCGAGUGGCGCAGGCCUACAUACGGCCCGAGUACGCCAAGGCCAACCAGCACGUCCUCCUGACUGUGCCCUACAACCUGCCGGUGAAAAAGAUGCGGAAGAAAGCGGUCCGCCACUGGCUCCGGGCCGGUGACCUGCGCAGCGGGUACCGGCGGCUCGUGGCCGCCUGCGUGGUGCCUUUGCCUUUCGUCCCGCACCGCUACCCAGAGCCUGCACGGCAGCGCCGCACCGCCGCGCGGCUGCGAAGCCGCACAGCAGAGGAGACCUUGUCCUUUGCAGCCCCGACCGCCGAGCCCUCGAGGGCAACGCCUCGACCACAGAGCACCUCUACAGGAGAGCAGCUCCGUGAGAGCUACGAGCAUGCUAGCAAGGACAGGCAAAGCGACCUCUCCAAUGUGUGA